AUGGUUCAGAAGUCUCAGUCAGAGGAAAAUAAAAGCGCCGACAACAACUCGUUGGAGAGACCUCGCACCGUCGACCAUGGGUCGACGGAUACAGACAGUGAGGCCGAAGGAAAUGAACGAGAUACCGACACCUCAGGUUAUACUCUCCUGCCCCAGAGCGUCGAAGCGUCGAGGUCAGAUUCCGAGGACGAUUUCCCUCAAAUCGGGGAUGGCGGUUACAUGACAGACUUGUCGCAGCCUCCGCACGAGUGGGUACCGACAGAGGCCGAGCUCAAACCCAGCUCGCAUCGAGAGCUCGCAUUGGAUGAAGAACAAAUCGCGAAAAUCAAAACCGCGAUGGCUGGGAUCAAGCUACCCUCUUCUUGUCAACCCCCUUGGGCAUCGGAGAUUCCUGAGGCGGAAUGGAACCGUCGACUGCAGCAGAUCCUGCACAAGAAACAAAAUGGAACAGAAUAAAUUGUGGCAGCUCUACCGGGCUCCGUGUCGACCGCUCCUCGAC